AUGGCGGUAUCUUCCCGUGCGCCCAAGAUUGUUGACGUGCUGAUGCCAUCGAGGCCAGCCUAUGAGGUUCGCGGUGGCGACGCUGGAGAAACGUUGAUCCGCAACAUCAAACCCGCCGAAUUUCAGGCUCUGAAGCCGUUUACUAAGCCACCUCUAGUCGUUUCCCUUGUUGCGGAAGUUUUUGUGAUCGUUCUCUUCUCGGCAGCCCGAAGUCUGAUAACCCGGCCUAGCCUGCUCCCCCUACUCACUCUCGGUAUGAGUUUGACCAACGUUGCCCGGAGCACGGUGCCAACACAGAGAGUUAUUUUGCGAUCUCGCUCCCGGCUUGCUAGCACUCUCGUCGCACACUCCGCCCUCAAUGCCCGCCUAAAUGGCAAUCAAUUACCAUCGCGCAUCCCUGCGUUAGCUUUUCUAAUCCCGCAACAGCGAUGGUACGCCACGGACCCUUCUACAUCUCAUGGACCGGGUGCCCCGCACAACUUUCCGCCUCCUGGGUUCAACGCGGAGCAGGCGAAAAAGCCGCUCGCGAAAGGAGCUGCCUCUCAACCCUCCAAUGCGUCAAGCUCACCGGCUACGGAGGCGACCAAUGCCCAAGCUCUGAAACCAUCUGAAAAGAAACCAAAGGCCGAUGGCGUAAAAGCCGUUGCAAAACCUGAAGAGACAAGUCUUAGCACGGAAGCUGCUGCUAAAGCGGUUGAGGAGCCAAAGGAGCCUAAGAAGCUUACGCUCGGUCAGAAGAUUAAGAAGGAGGCUCAGCAUUACUGGGAUGGUACGAAGCUGUUGGCUACAGAAGUCAAAAUCAGUACGAGGCUCGCCGUGAAGAUGGCUGCUGGCUAUGAACUUAGUCGGAGAGAGAAUAGACAGCUUGAACGUACGGUGAAGGAUUUGGGCCGUCUUGUUCCAUUUUCCGUAUUCGUGAUUAUCCCUUUCGCGGAGUUACUCAUUCCGUUCGUGAUUAAACUAUUCCCCAAUUUCCUUCCAAGCACCUACGAAGCUCAAAAAUCCAAGGAUGCGAAGGCAGCGAGCUUGAGAGAUACCCGCAAGGAGGUGUCAUCCUUCCUCCGUAAUACGCUUAAAGAAACCGGACUGCCGGUCAGCCCGACAAAUGCAAAGAGGGAAGAAUUUACUGAAUUUUUUAGGAAGGUUCGCGCUACAGGUGAGGAUCCAAGCCCAGAAGAUGUCAUCACUGUGUGCAAGAUCUUCAAGGAUGACCUUACGUUGGACAAUCUUUCUCGUCCACAGCUGGUUGGGAUGUGCAAGUACAUGAACCUGAACACUUUUGGUACCGACGCCAUGCUAAGAUAUAACAUUCGCCACCGGAUGCGUCAAAUCAAACGCGAUGACCGGGCUAUUUCUUUUGAAGGCGUUGACUCCCUGUUAGUCACCGAGCUCCAGACAGCUUGUGCUUCUCGCGGGUUGAGGACACAUGGCCUUUCGCCGGCUCGGCUACGGGAAGAUUUGAGCAUGUGGCUCGACUUGCGACUUAAGAAAGGUGUUCCAUCUACGCUCCUCGUAUUGAGCAACGCCUACAUGUAUACGCAGCAGUCGCAAGAGUACGAGAUUUCUUCGCAAAUCGACGCUCUGAAGGCUGUGCUUUCGAGCAUACCCGAAGAACUAUUCCACGAGAUUGAGUUGGAAGUUCACAAUGCUGAGGGUGUCGCUACGAACAAGCAACGCCUCGAAGUCCUCAAGGAGCAAGAAGAGCUGAUUGAGGAAGAGAACGAGCAGAUCACCGAGAACCAGGAGCAGGGUAUGUCUUCGCCCAAGGAUAACCAGAAUAUCGAUGAAAAAGAAGACAAAGUUGCUGCAAGCGGCGAUUCGCAGCAUUCGUCGACACAGAUGGCCCAAGAAUCAGAGGCCGCGGAAGCAGAAAAGGAUCUUUCCAAGCAACGGAAAGAGAAGAACAUGGAGUAG